GCCUUGUCAUUUCAGCAAUUACGAAAAUUGGUGCUCGAAUUGAUUUUGCGUAUGAGCUGUAACGAGACGAUGAAGCAGUACGGGAGAAUUUUACUCUCACAAUUGAUAAAACUAAUUCAAGUUGAAAAUGAAGAAAAUGCACUGUUGGCAAUCAAAAUUAUUGGUGAGCAUCAACGUGCAUUCAAAAUCCCUUACUCACAAGAGAUAUCAGCAAUUAUCAAUUUCUUCAAAACGGUUUACCGUGAAAUGCCACAGCAUAUUACAAACAGACGAAUGUUUGAGCAACGAAAUCUACGUCAAUCAAGCAUGGAGGACAGCGACAUUGAAUCUUCACUUCAAAAUUGCUUCACAUCAUCGGUCGUCUAUCUUCCGGAAAGUAGUUCCGGUGAUGGUGCACAGCGUGACGCUUACUCGCUGAUACCACGUGGAUCGCAGAGUGUAAAGGUUUUAUCCGAAGUGCCAAUGUUUCUUAUCAUUCUGUUCCAGAUUCAUCGAAAUAAUUUGCAAAGUGAGCUGGUGGAAAUAGCCUCAGCAUUGGUACAGUAUAUGAUAUUAUCGAUUCCAGUCGAUCAGCGUACCAGUGCCUCAUUUAGCUCAUCGCUAGCGGAUGAAUUUUACAACUCACAGAUGCGUGCUCUGACAUUUCUGGGAUAUAUCGCCUCACGGAGCAACGUGAUUUGUGGUUUAUGA